UUCUUCUCAAGUGAAGACUAGAGGAAGCAUCUUGCUCUGCAGCAUGAUUUGAAAAGCUUCCGGCUAUCGUCGAACUGCCCACUCUGCCUCAAGGCCGAGCCGAUGCUAAAUCACCUGGAAACCCAUUUAGAAAACAUAUCUCUCUUAUCCUUGCCAUCAGGCGUAGACUUAGACGGCAAGGUCGAAUACGAUGUAUCGCACGCUAAGGCUACGGUAUCAGAAGAGCCUCCUCGACUUAGCCCGACCAAACCAUCCAACUCGGCUGCUGCUGACACAACGCUGCCCUCACUAGAGAGCUUGACGUGAGCAUAGCCUGAUGCCUCGAUAAUGGCAGGGAAAUACGUAUCUGAACAUCACUUGGGAGAUCACACGAAAAGCGCUACCGUAGUG